UUAAUGAAUUUCCUGAAGAUGUAUUUACCAAUAAAGAACGGCAGCAGGGAGGAGUUCUGCUUCAUAUUGUUGCUGCUCUUUAUAUGUUCUAUGCUUUGGCUAUAGUAUGUGAUGACUUCUUUGUUCCAUCCUUAGAGAAAAUCUGUGAGAAACUACAUUUGAGUGAAGAUGUUGCUGGAGCCACUUUCAUGGCAGCAGGGAGCUCCACUCCAGAACUGUUUGCAUCUGUUAUAGGUGUAUUUAUCACUCACGGAGAUGUAGGAGUAGGGACCAUUGUUGGCUCAGCAGUUUUCAACAUCCUCUGCAUUGUUGGUGUCUGUGGAAUGUUUGCAGGACAGGUGGUUUGUCUCACCCAGUGGGCUGUGUUCCGGGACUCCAUGUACUACACAAUAUCUGUGCUUGUACUUAUUGUUUUCAUAUAUGAUGAGAAAAUAGAAUGGUGGGAAAGCCUUGUACUCAUCAUCAUGUAUUCAUUCUACAUACUUAUCAUGAAGUACAAUGUGAAGAUGCAAAGUUUCUUCACCUUUAAAAGCAAGAAUGUUGGAAAUGGUGACACAGUCAACAAUGAACUAGAAGAUGGUAAUAAGUGUUAUGCCUCUAGAUGUGAUGACCCGUCCAUUCCGUUACUAUGCAAAGUGAAGGGGAUGCAGCAGUAUGGCAAAAACAAUGUUGUGAUGGUGGAUGAGAUAAUCUGCUCCAGUCCCCCCAAAUACCGGUUCCCUGAAGCUGGAUUACGGAUUAUGAUUACAAAUAAAUUUGGACCACGCACCAGAAUGCGGAUGGCAAGCCGACUCAUCAUUAACGAGCGUCAGCGGUUAAUCCAGUCUGCCAAUGGCUCAAGCAAACCACUUCAGAAUGGGAGACAUGAGAAUAUUGAAAAUGGAAACAUCCCUGUGGUGAACCAAGAGGAGGAAAGUGAACAGGACAAUCUGUCUCCCUUUUCACUGCCAGAUGGAAAAAUGAACAAAAUUAAAUGGGUUUUGACGUGGCCGUUGAUAUUUGUGCUCUUUUGCACCAUUCCGAACUGCAGCAAACCACGGUGGGAGAGGUGUUUUAUGGUGACAUUCAUCUUAUCCACCUUCUGGAUUGCCUUGUUCUCCUACUUCAUGGUGUGGAUGGUGACUGUGAUUGGAUACACUCUUGGGAUACCGGAUGUAAUCAUGGGCAUUACUUUCCUAGCUGCAGGAACAAGCGUCCCAGACUGCAUGGCCAGCUUAAUAGUAGCAAGACAAGGUCUCGGAGACAUGGCAGUAUCCAACACAAUAGGGAGCAAUGUCUUUGACAUUCUGGUGGGCCUUGGUGUUCCAUGGGGUUUGCAGACCAUGGCAAUUGAUUGUGGAUCAACUGUUAAGAUAAACAGCAAAGGACUGGUCUAUUCAGUUGCACUUUUGCUAGGAUCAGUAGCACUUACUGUGUUUGGAAUCCAUGUAAAUAAGUGGAAACUUGACAGGAAAUUAGGCAUCUACGUGUUGUUUCUUUAUGGUGUUUUCCUGUGUUUCUCUAUAUUGAUAGAGUUUAACGUCUUCACCUUUGUCAACUUCCCUAUGUGCCGAGAAGAACUUUAAACCACAACAAGGGAGAAAGACUGAAAUUCUUCUGAUUACAUAUGCUGUAAAUGACAGGAGGCAUUUCACAUUUCUACCGUCUUCCCAUCAGUAAUUUGAGUGUCGUUCCUGCUUCAUCAGCUAACAAGCACUUUUACCUGUAUGGAAGGAAAGCAUACCUUUCUUAUAACAUGCUAGCUCGAGGCAACCAAAGCAUUUUCCUCCUCUUUGGAUAUUGCUGCUCAGUCAUAAAGCUGUGUGGAUCUUAUGCAGAACUUUAAAAUGACCCAUUUCUGGGACAUUCUGUUGUGGUUUUCAUUCUCCUUUUGCAGACAAUCCACCACCACCACCAAGGUUAGCAAGAGGACGGGCGAAAAAUCUUUAUAGUUAUUUUGGUUUUGACAUUUACUUUCCAUGGAAGAAUAAGAGGCAAGUUCAGAACUUUUCUUGACUCAGUCAAAAUAUCUCAGCUACAGGACCAGAAAGUCCAAGGCACAUAUCAUGGCAUGCACUGUUGAGGACAUCAUUUCCCCUUUCAAGUGCUCUGCUUAUAGAAGAACUGCACUGACAGUUUUUGAUGGCAGUGUUGAAUAUUUAUCACUCUUUUCAACGAACAUGAACAGUGUAGCAGAGAAAGAAGAGGAAAUGGUUGUAUGUUGUAUCACUUGUGAUGAUGCACACUAAAAGUGAGAGUAUCUGCAUAUUGAAGAAGAUAACUACAUGCAGAAAUUCAUACUUGAAAAAAUAUGUUUUACCAUUAAUGAGGAAUGCUGUAUACAUAAAUAUAAACUAACUUUUGUGGAAUAUUACACCACAAGAAAAACUGCAUUGGCCCUUGUAAGCCCAUUAUGUAAAUUUAGAAGAAACUAAUCAAAUAAAAUAUAACUGGGUGCUCAGUAA